AUGCGGACAGUGAAGGUCUGGGACGUUUCCAGCGGCAGGCUGCUGUGGACUCUGCCCCACAAGGACCACGUCACGGCGGUGGACUGGUCCCACACGGAGCUGCUGCUGGCGACGGGCGGAUGGGAUCGCAGGUUUCGGCUGUGGCCGAUCGGCGAGCGGGAGCUGCGAAGCUGCAAAGCUGGUGGCACCUGUGAACCGCUGGCGCCCUCCCAUGUGGCGCGGCACCCGCAGCUCCUCUGGUCCGUCGCCUUCGCGCCCUCCGUGGGCGUGCGCGUGGCGGCGUGCCACGGGGCGGUGGGGCAGUCCCCCACGGUGGUGGUCUACGAGUUGGCCGCCUCGGGCGGUUCGUCGAACGGCGGCCUGGUGCGGUCGCGGCGCCUGGGGCGGCACAAGGACACGCCGCUGGCGCUGGCCUUCUCACCGGAUGGUGCCAAGCUGGUCUCCGCGGGCAUGGACCGGAAAGUCCUGGUCUAUUCGGCGGCCUUCGGCAACGGGGACGACAUGCCCCAGGGCGACCCCGACGACGCGGAGGAGCGCCUCCUGUGGCUGCAGGACCUGAGAGACUUGCGGCAGAGCAACAGCACCCAGGCCGCUCAGUUGACGGAGCUGGCGCAGAAGCUGGUGAUGUUGCAGAACCGCACCAACGGCACUGGCUCAGGCGACGGGCCGCCGAAGCUUCCGCAUCCCUUGUCGCGCAUGGUCGCCUUCGCGUAG